AUGAAUCUCUUCAAGGUUCUGAACAGGUUUUGCGUGAGACCAGGAGAAUGCAAUUACCGCCUCUUUCGGCGCAUUCAGGUGACUAUUGUUAUUCCCCUGGGGGAUUAUCUCCCAUUCGGGCUCUUCGGUCAAUUUCCUGUACUUUAUGGCUUCCAGUCAUCGUCAGCUUCAAACUUUGUCAGCUCCAGUCAGCUUCAAUCAUCGGCAGCCCUGAUUAUUGUCAGCUUCAAUCAUCGUCAGCUCCAGUCAGCUGCAAUCAUCGGCAGCCCUGGUUAUGGUAAGCUUCAAUCAUCGUCAGACCCUGGUCAUCGUCGGCUCCAAUCAUCAUCAGUCCCCGGUCAUCGUCAGCUUCAAUCAUCGUCAGCUCCGAUCUACCUUUUGGUGGUCUCGGUAUAUUGCUGUAUGAGCCGCGGCCCACGAAACGUUAACCACAGCCUGGUAGUAGCAUGUCCUAUAUUUUUGCCAGAAGCGCGGAGGAAUAAACAUCCAAGAACCGGCUCCUCCUCCUCCUCCUCCUCUUCUUCUUCUUCUUCCUCCUCCUCCUCCUCCUCCUCCUCCUUCUCAUCCUCCUCCUCCUCUCCUCCUCCUUCUGUGUCGCCGUCUGAACAGCAGCAAUCAAUCCUAUUUAACCGAAGUCUUUGGACUCCGCUAGACUUAACCCGUCCCAUACAAUUAUCAGACUUUGCCUUCAGUAGCCCUUCAAACUACUCACUCUCCAAGCACAAAGGCGAGGAAGACUUUUCAGAGGGCGUCUCUCCAUUUGCAUCUCUUCUCUAUUUUCAGCUCUAUUUCCUCAUUAACCUCUGCUCUGUGUCCACGUCCUUAGGAAACGUUACUUUAUUCGCGCUCAAAACCGGCUCCUCCUCCUCCUCCUCCUCUUCUUCUUCUUCUUCUCCUCCUCCUCCUCCUCCUCCUCCUCCUUCUCAUCCUCCUCCUCUCCUCUCCUUCUUGUGUCGCCGUCUGAACAGCAGCAAUCAAUCCUAUUUAACCGAAGUCUUUGGACUCCGCUAG